UGCUGCCACCCAUUCGUCACCAUAUGUCAUUGCUGCCGAAAUGCAUGGGGUUAAAGUGUUGCCCCAUAUAAUCAAUGUAGUGAUUUUGCUUUCAGUAACUUCUGUGGGUGUGGCUGCCAUGUAUAGUUCACAACGGUUGAUUCAAUCGUUGGCCCAUCAGAAAUUGGCACCUAAAUGGUUGGAUUAUGUUGAUAAACAAGGUCGUCCUUUGAGAGCAUGGUUCCUUACUGUGCUUUCGUCUUUUUUCUCAUUUAUUGCCGCUUAUCAUGACCAAGAGACCGUUUUUACCUGGCUUUUAUCGAUUUCAGGAAUUUCAUUUGUUGCGUGUUGGUUAUUCAUUUGCGUUUCUCAUCUUCGAUUCAGAGCCGCCUUGAAACACAAUGGCAUUCCUGUCGAGUCGUUGGCCUAUGUUUCCCCUACCGGGAUUUUAGGCUCUUGGUGCUCCAUAAUUAUCAAUAGUUUAAUCUUGAUUGCUCAGUUUUGGACAUCCUUGUUUCCCAAGGGAGAAGCGGAUGCAAAUAAUUUUUUCAAGAAUUAUUUGGGUGCUCCUGUUAUGAUAUUUUGUUAUAUUUGUCACAAAUUGUAUACUAGGAACUGGAGAUUAUGGAUUGCUGUUGAUGAGAUUGACGUUGAUAAGGAUCGGGUGAUUUACGACCCCGAAGUUUUGGAGUUGCAGAAUUUGGAAGAUAAGGAGAGGUAUAAUAAGGCCCCAUUUUGGAAAAAGGUAUUGAUUGUGUGCUUUGACUAA